UUAGUGCUCGAGACCCCGACUGGAGACAAAACGGUACAGUGAUUUAUUCUCUGUUACCUGGUGAUGUGAACGGUGCCCCGGUGUCCUCCUAUCUGUCUGUUAACGGAGACACGGGGGUGAUCCACGCUGUGAGGUCGUUUGAUUAUGAACAGUUCAGGAGCUUUAAAGUCCACGUGAUGGCCAGAGACAACGGUUCUCCUCCUCUGAGCAGCAACGUGACCGUCAGUGUCUUUAUAUCGGAUGUGAACGACAACUCUCCCCAGAUACUGUACCCCGGGCCGGAGGGCAAAUCCUUCAUGACCGAGCUGGUUCCCAAAGCUGCACAAGGAGGCUCUCUGGUGUCCAAAGUGAUAGCGGUGGACGCGGACUCCGGGCAGAACGCCUGGCUGUCCUAUCAUAUAGUCAAAUCCACUGAUCCGGGACUUUUCGCUAUUGGUCUCCACAGCGGAGAGAUCAGGACACAGCGGGACAUUUCUGAAUCUGACAGCAUGAAACAGAACCUUAUUGUGUCAGUGAAAGAUAACGGACAGCCCUCUCUCUCUGCCACCUGUUCCAUGUAUUUACUUAUUUCUGAUAACUUGGCUGAGGUGCCAGAACUGAAGGAUAUUUCUUAUGAUGAGAAGAAUUCCAAACUGACCUCUUAUCUGAUCAUCGCGCUGGUUUCUGUCUCAACAUUUUUUCUGACUUUCAUUAUCAUCAUUCUGGGUGUGAGGUUUUGUCGCAGGAGAAAGCCCAGACUGUUGUUUGACGGAGCAGUCGCCAUCCCCAGCGCUUAUCUCCCUCCUAAUUACGCAGAUGUUGACGGCACAGGAACUUUACGCAGCACUUACAAUUAUGACGCCUACCUGACAACAGGUUCUAGAACCAGUGACUUUAAGUUUGUGACAUCAUACAAUGACAACACCCUGCCUGCAGACCAGACUCUGAGGAAAAGUCCAUCAGACUUUGCUGAUACAUUUGGAAGUUGUGAUGGUUCUCCUGAGGUAGGGACACAUUACCUACAAUCUGUUCCAGAUGUGUAA